UGCCCCUGUUGGGUGCCCCCCCCAAACCCCACCGACACAGGGUGCUUAUAAAGCCUGGAGCACACCCUUGCAGCAGUCCCAUCAGUGGAACCCUGCGACACGUGGAGCAGCACUUUGGUACAAGAUGGCCAUGACCAACCCCUCCCCCAUGGGCCCGUGGAAGAUCACGGUGUACGACCAGGAGCACUUCCAGGGCAAGCGCAUGGAGUUCACUGCCAGCUGCCAGAACAUCAUGGAAUGUGGCAUGGACAACAUCCGCUCCCUCAAGGUGGAGUGCGGCGCCUGGGUCGGCUACGAGCAUUCCAGCUUCUGCGGCCAGCAGUUCAUCCUCGAGAAAGGAGACUAUCCUCGCUUUGAGGCCUACAGCGGAAGCAACUCUUACCGCAUCGAGAGGAUGAUCUCCUUCAGACCCGUCUGCUGCGCUAACCACAAAGAUGCUCGUAUGACCAUCUACGAGAUGGAGAACAUGAUGGGCCGCCAGUUUGAACUGUGUGACGACUACCCCUCCCUGCAGGCCAUGGGCUGGUUGAACAACCAAGUUGGAUCCAUGCAAAUCCAGAGCGGAGCCUUCGUGUGCUACCAGUAUCCAGGCUACAGAGGCCAGCAGUACAUCGUGGAGUCGGACUGUCGUGGAGGAGAAUACAAGUCUUAUCGUGAGUUUGGCUCCCAAGCUCAGACCCCCCAAAUCCAGUCCAUCAGGAGGAUCCAACACUGAGGGGUCAUCAGCUUCAUACUCCUUCACCGCCUUUUUUUCCUCCAUCUCUCUGGCUCCAAUGGGUCCGACUGGUCUAAGCGGGACUCCGGGCUGCACUUCAGGUGCUCUGCUGUUGUCCACAGCACUUUUGUAUUUUUAAAGAAACAUCAUGAAAGAAAUGUAAGGACAGGAAGACAGAAUCCAAGUUUUUACUGUGACCUCCAACUGACUUCUACUGUUCAAUAAAGACAAGCAAACACUCUCAA